CGUUUUGGAUUCGGCUUAUAGCUCCUUUAUAGCCUGCCUUGUGUUGCUAUUAAAUGGCGAAAACUUCUUUGCACCCCCUUUGUUUGUUUGAGUCUUCAAUAAGUUCGUUCCACGAGCCUUCUGACGAGGAUACGCCAGAGAACAACUAAACGUAUUAAAUGACAAAACUUAACCCUGUUAAGAUGAGUAAGCCCCCGGGUGGAUGCGCGUGAGAAGAACUAAACUACAAGACUCCUACCUAAUAUCUUGCUAUAGGCGCUUUUGGCUUUUGACUUGUUUAUGUAUGAUUACGAUAGAACUAGGGGCGCUAGCGUUGAUGCAAAAUUCCUAUUCUUGCCUAAGCCUUCUACUUACUUUUCGAGUAUAGCCUUGUGAGGAACUUAACUUUAGCUCUUCGAAUGACAGAAACAUCUUUCUUGCUCUAUGCGAAGAAUAGCCCUUAAAGCUGGGGAAGGAAGAAGUGUGAAAGCAAGCAAGUCAAAUUCAGGCACAUUAGUAAGUUCUUUUCUCUGAAGAAUGUUCGAACUCAGACAUAGAUGACUGGGAUCACUACACUGGCUUUGUUGGUUGGUUUGAGGUAGGCAAGUAAAGAAUAAGAAAUUAGGCAGGGACCACGCUACACUCUCACCUCUCUCGAGCUACAGGAACCCUAAGCCAGGUAUGAUGCUGACUUUGCAAGCGCAGGGAAAAGAGCUGGUAGUGAUUCUUCGGGACAAAGGCCAAGGGUGAAGCCGGGGAAGUUUAAUAUUUAAUCAAUUCAUAAAUGACAUCGCCUUUAGGGGCGCCGUUUUCAUCCAACUAGAAAUAUCGUAUGAGAAGCAAAAGAAUGUUACGUUACGCCCAAAAGUCCCAUGCAUCCUUUCUUUCUUUGGUCAACAACCAAGCACAACUCAAUAGAAUGAAUUCUUCAAGACUCCUACAUGAACUUUCUGUCUGGAGGGAAUCAAUUUUUCUCAAUCAAUCACUACACUAUGUUUCCACUCCAUUUUCAUUACGAAGAUGUCUCACGUCAGGAUCCGUUGCUCAAACUGAAUCACGCCAACGUUAUGGAAGUUCCUAGAUCGUGUGAAAUAAGACUAGUACCAAAGGCACCCUAUGAUUUCAUAAUCAAAAAUGGAAAAUUGGCUAUGGAGAUUCCGCGCGGUCAGAAAUUAAUACAGACACACAGGGGUUCGACAGGAAAGUCGUUUCGAUCAAAUCCAUUCUUGGGGUCAAAUAAAGACAAAGGAUAUGUCAGUGACCUAGCACGACAAAGCACUCUCCGAGGGCAUGGAAUGUCUAAUUUUUCGGUAAGAAUCUCGACAGUAAUGUCUCUGGUGGAUUCUCCGGUCGAAAGACGGCUAAACUCAAUUCAAUUCUCGAUGGAAACGGAGUUGUUCGAAUUCUCCCCGGAACUGGAAGAUCAUUUCGAGAUCUUCGAACAUAUUCGAGGGUUCAAUGUGACUAUUGUAACUUCGGCCAACACACAAGAUGAGACUUUACCACCGUGGAGCGGCUUUUUGCAAAAAGAUGAGGGAGAUUCUGAGUAAGAGAUGUUAUGGACGAAUUGUUUGAAGCGUUUCUUCCCUUUAUUGAAAAAGUUGGAGAAGCUGCCGGGCUUAAGGAGGACUCUGAUGCCACAUCUUCACUUGACUUCAAGCAGGAAGUAGACCAGCCGUCUGAAGCCUUUAAGAAUAGAAAGAAGGUUGAGGCUGAUUGGACCCUCUUCGUGCCUGACUUCUCUAUUGAUCUGACCGGCUCGAUUGAGACAGAGAGUAAAGGUGCGAAUCGGCUAAAAGGCUGAGUCCGAGACUGGGAGAAGAACUUGCAAGAAAUGCAGACUUCGCUCCGCACCUUUAGGUAAAGAUCCCCAAUGUCCAAUCUUCCUUUUAUGGAGAUAUUCUUUUAUGUAACUUCCGGUAAGAAAGGGGAUAGAUUAUCGAAAAAAAGAUGUGCGCACGAGAGGAUUCUAACUUUCAUACAUAGAAGAAUGAUUGGCAAAGCACUCGAACAAAGCCCUUAGCUUCUAACUUCAUUCAUUCGAAAGGUCGCUGGAAUUUAGUUAGGAGCAAAUCCGUCACUGGACGAGGAAGGAAAGGGAAGGAAGAUAUGUACAAGAGAAAAAGUAUAUUAGAAAGCGUUAACAAGACUAUCAGACCAAGAACAGAACUGCUGGAGGAACAACUACCUAAGGCUGAAAAUGACAUAGAAUAAGUGGAAUCUCAUGCACACUUUGAGGGAGGUGGUUAACCGGUGCUUAGAGAACUACCUGGGAUGCCGAUAGACCAAGGGAAUGGGUACGU